GCGCACAAUCCCGCGCCGCUGUGGCCUUCCUGAUCUGGACCGGGACUCCUCAGAGGCGGCUGGUCACCUGAUAGAACCCGACAGCCCUCGAGGUCCGUCCCGGUCCUUCUGCUUAGACGGCUGCGUGCCUCUUUCCUGGAAGCCGGGGUGAAGCAGGGCUCUGUGGGCAAGUUGUGGUCUUGGUUCGAUGCACCGGAGGGGCGGCCCGUAGUCUAAUCUGGGAGGUCGGGGCGGAAAGGCUUCGUUGAGCGCUCCAGCCGUGAACUUGACCUUCCGCGAGGGACUGACUCUGAGAAUGCCAGGUCUGGAGGUACAAAAAGAAAACUUUGGCUUAGAAUGUUGGAAUUAUGUUAGAUAAAGAACCGCAUUUUCCAAAGGACUUUACAACUAAAAGAGAAGCAAACAUGUCCCUGGAUGACUUGGAAAUGAAAAUGGAUGACCUGUUAGAGAAGGAGCAGAUAGACAGUGGAGGGUUUGGGAUGGUGUCCUUGUGUUUUCAUAGAAACCAUGGGCUUGUGAUCCUGAAAAAUGUAUACACUGGACCCAAGCGCACUGAGUAUAAUGCUGCUCUCCUUGAAGAAGGGAAGAUCAUGCACAGGCUGAAGCAUAAUCGGGUAGUGAAGUUCCUCGGCUUUAUUUUACAGGAUGGGAAUUACGCUCUUGUGAUGGAGUAUAUGGAAAAGGGGAAUCUAAUGAAGGUGCUGAAGACAACUAGUAUCCCCUCGUCUGUGAAAGGGAGAAUCAUUCUGGAGGUCAUUGAAGGAAUGUGCUACUUACAUAAAGAAGGUGUAAUUCACAAAGACCUAAAGCCAGAAAACAUCCUUGUGGAUGAUGACUUCCAUGUUAAGAUAGCAGAUCUUGGUGUUGCCUCCUUUAAGACCUGGAGCAAACUGACUAAAGAGGAAAACAACAGGCAGAGGAAAAUAACUACCGCUGCUAAGGUGAACGCUGACCACCUGAGUACAAUGGCUAGGGCAGAUGCUGGCACUCUGUUGUACAUGGCCCCAGAACAUUUGAACGACAUCAACGCAAAGCCCACUGACAAGUCAGACGUGUACAGCUUUGGCAUAGUACUCUGGGCGAUUUUUGCGAACAAGGAACCAUAUGAAAAUGCUAUUUGUGAAAAGCAGAUAAUAACGUGUAUUGGAAAUGGAAACAGACCAAAUGUGGAAGAAAUUGCUGAAAAGUGUCCAAAAGAGAUUAUUAACCUCAUGGUACGCUGCUGGAAUGGGAAUCCAGAUAAUCGACCAACCUUUAGUGAAAUCGACCAAGAAUUCAGACCUUUCUACCUUGAACAAUUGGAAGAAAAGGUAGAAGAAGAUGUGAAGAAGUUAAAAGAAGCAUAUCCUGCCCCAAAUGAAGUAGUGAAAAGGAUGCAGUCUCUCCAGAUUGAUUCAGUACCAGUGCCCCCAAGCAGAACAAAUUCAGAACAGCCCAAUUCACUCCAUAGCUCCCAGGAACUCAGGACUGGUUGUAUCGAUGAGUCCAUGUUCGCUCCCUACCCUGACAAUCAGCCAGUGGAGAAUGAGGCCUCUCCUGAGGCCCUGAGCCUACAAAGCAAGUUACAGGAAGAGGCAAACUACCAUAUCUUUGGCAGCCGAAUGGAUAAGCCGACAAAUAGUCAGUCUAGAUCUGUUGCAGCUAAAAGAGAAGAAGAAAGGAGGCGAAGAGUCUCCCAUGACCCUUUCAUAGGAAGGCCUUCUCAGCCUCAGAAGCAUGGGUUUUAUCAGAAUAAUUUCACUUCUGGGAUGGGCUCUUGUCAUCCCAAUGCAAACAAUCAUAGCAAUCUAUUACAGCAACCAGCAGAGCCAUUUACCCCACUACAAGUACCCCCCUCUACACCACUACAAGUGUUGAAUAACCAUCAAGUUUUUGGAUCGAGGUCAGUAGAUCCAAGAACAAGCAACAUCUAUGGACUAAAUCUAAACACUGGAUCUAUCCCCUUUAAAAUAUCUGUGCCUGAGUCUACCACAGGAGCCAACAUGCCAACUCUCCCAUUCAGUACAACAGGUCAAGCAACAGGAAUGGAACACAUGACAAAGAAUUUCCCUUUUGUUCCUUCAUUUCCUGUACCUACAACAGGCCCAGGAGACUCAAUAAAAUGUAAGUUUGUCAGCAGUACUGGCAUUCAGGUUGGAAACAACAAUUACAUGGUGAUUGACGACAGCAGUCUGCCUGUUGAAAACAUAUUCACAAACAUUCCACAAGAGCCAGAAUCCAAGUAUCUACAUAUAUUUGGUGAUACCACUAGCCUGACUGAUAAACAUCUGGAUCCAGUAAGAGAUAAUCUUGGAAGGAUUUGGAAAAAAUGUGCCCGGAGGUUGGGCUUCACUGAAUCCCAGAUUGAUGAAAUUGACCAUGACUAUGAUCGAGAUGGACUGAAAGAAAAGGUUUACCAGAUGAUCCAGAAGUGGCUGAUGAGGGAAGGCAACAAGGGUGCCACUGUUGGAAAGCUAGCCAGAGCACUCUAUGAGUGCCAGAGAACAGACCUUCUCAAUACUUUGAUAUCUGUAAGCCAAGACUAGUCUGAUGGGGGUAAAUUGAAAGAAAUGUACGUAAAUGCCUUUUUAAACUAUGCAACUCAUGGUGAACUAUGCUGUCUGAACUACGUCUCUUUGAGAUCAGUCCUUUACCUGCCCAGCUGUAUUUAGGGUGGGCAUUGUUAGCCAUUACUGCUGAGUCAGUCAGAGUGACCCCAUCUUUCCACUUUGCCUGUCCUUUGGGGUAGGUGCCAGCUAACCUCCAGUUACAUGUGUCAGAGGCAGGACUUGAAUCCAUGAAUCUAAGGUUGUCCUGUAACCACUACACCACACUGCUUGUCAUGAUGUUUUUUACUAUUGAACGAGGCUAAAGAUUUCUGUAAUAAAUAUAUCAACUUUUCAUGUUGUUAUGCCAAAAAUAGUAAUGAUGAUUGUAAAACAUUUUAUAACUAUCAAGUUUUACAUAUUUUUAAUACCUUUAAAGGUUUUCUUUUUUGAUUAAAUAAGUUUUUCCCAGAUUUCUUCCUGCCUUUUAACCACUAUCAUAAACUUAUACACCUUUAGAAAAAGAAGGAACUUGAGACAUCUAGUCCCAUCUCUUCAUUUUACAGAUAGGAAAAUUAAGGUCUAUUUUCUUAAGAUUUCAGGACUUGUAAGGUGGGAGAAUUAGGAAUUUAGCCCAGGCCUUUUGGUACCUAAUUUAGUUUUCUUUCUACUAUACCAUGCUGCCUUGCUGACAUUCAUGCUUUGCUUUUAAGAGUUCACUUUGAAAUCUCAGAUUAAAAUGAAGAAACCUAAAGACUUGUCCAGUCACCUAAAAGAAGGUGCAACAUCAGUUCUGUGAGUAAAUACAAAGAGGUGAGCAAAAAAAUUUAAACAGGAGUGACAAUUAGCAAGUAUUGGAAAAGUUACCCAAUACAAGUACACAAAACCAUAGAUCUAGAACUGGAAGGAACCUAAGAGGCUACCUGGCUAAACUCCCUUAUUCUACAGAUCAGGAAUCAGGGAAGUUAAGGGACUGCCCAGGGUCACACAGGUAGCCAGUAUAAGAGAUGGAAUUUGAACUCAGGUGCUCUGACUCCAGAGCCUGUGCUCUUUUUCACUCUACCCUAUAGGGACUUAAAUUUUUCAUUGAAUACUCCCCUCAAGGCUCCUGAUUGUGAACAAAAUCGUCAGAGAUGGGGAUGCAACUUAAUAGAAUUUCAAAUCAAGUCAAAAGAAAUAUUCUUAAAAUAUCAGUCUUUAAAACUAGUUAAGUCUGUGUUUGGAUAAGUGAGAUUGUUAUGUGGUAUUGAUUCUGUUGCUGACUUCGAGGGCUCUUGUUAUUUCUUAUGACCACCAGAGACAGAGAGGGAUAGAAGGACUCUUCAAUAAGUGAGGAAGAAGAUGUCAGAAACCCACAUACUCUCCCACCGUUUUGAUUAAUACCAGAUAUCUAAAGUGGGUAGGGAUUAAGUGGCAGCUGAACAAUAUCUAAGCAGUCAUCAAUUGUUGUUUAGUGACCCCAGUUGGGGUUUUCUUGGCAAAGAUUCUGGAAUGAUUUGUCAUUUCCUUCUCCAACUCAUUUUACAGUUGAGGAAACUGAGGCAAACAUGGUUAAGUGACUUGCCCAAGCUCACACAGCUGGUAAGUGUCUGAGAUUCAAACUCAGGAAGAUGAGUUUUCCUGACUCCAGGCUGGGAAUUCUAUCCACUUUGCCACCUAGCUGCCCAGUUCCCCAGUACCUCUAUGCUUUAGAUACUAUUUAGAUACCAGUUUUCCCUCUAGCAUUGGCUAACCAAACUAUUGUGGGAACUAAGUUCAUUUCCUAGACAUUUUAAAUUUUAGACAGGAAUAGGCACCACAAUAUUAUGGCACUUCCUUAGCAGCUGCACCAACUGAAAAAUGUUCAGCACAUACGUUGUUCUGGAAAGGUAAAAGAAAAUCAACAUUACUUGGAUCAGACUGAAGACCUUAAAACCCCAAUCACCUUAACUUAAAAGAGGAUUCGUCUUCCAGAAUCUGCCACUAGAUCUGGAAACCUUAACUGGUAGGGCUCCAAACUGGUUACUACCACCUACCUCUACCACAACCUGCUCUCCCUCAACCAAGAUUUGCCAGUAUGCCCAAGAGCAAAGCGUCCAGUAGCAUCUGACCUCCAGUCUACUCAGGAACUUUCCUGACAGCAAUGUUCCUCCAUUCUCCCUCAUCUCCCUCCCCCAAGGCCAACGAAUUCAAGAUUUCAGGAAAUGAAAAAGUAGUUUAUUUUCAUUAAAGAUUGGGAAACCCUGACCUAAAAAUAAAUAGAGUUGUUGUGCAUAGUUAGAAUUAGUGUCGGUGACUAAAAUAGCAGGAAGGCAAUGUCAUUGCCACACAGGGAUGUGGGUUUCCUUUGGCACAGCUUCCCGGCUAACGUAGCUGUGAGAAUUGCUGAUGAUUUUGCACAAAGGCCCUGCAGACAAAAGUUUGGCCAAAUCAUAAGCAAAUUCCAACAUACACAUACAUAUAUGCUUCAUCCUCUCAAAACAAACUGAAAAAUGGAUUGUUAACUAUAUUUUUUCUUGCUUGCUUUGGAACUGUCACAUUCCCAGGAUCAAAGUUAAAUGUUCAUAAAAGUAAAACACUAUUAAUAAAACAAUAACAAGUCACAAUUAUUAGUGCUUUAAGGUUGCAAAGCACUUGGCAUAUAUUGUAUCAUGAUGCAGUUAAUAUUGUGAAUUAACUGAUACUAGUAUUGAUGUCCCCACAAUAGAGAUGUGUUGUUUCUGAAGGUUCAUUUAUAAAAAGGUAAAAAACAAGAGUGAGCUUGGCACCAUUGGGGCACUCUCCCACUCUAUGAGACCAGAGUGGGUUAAAGAAGAAGGAGAAGACAGUAACCAGAUUAGUAAAUACAGAGUACAGGAAAGUCAAAAUAUUCAACAUGUAUUAGACACUUAACUAUAGGUCAGGACAUAAAUAAAACAGUCCCUGCCCUCAAAAAGCUUACAGUCAAGUAUAAAUUGGGACAGGCAAUCAUUUUUAAUUGGUUUAAUUUUGUGCUGGUAAUGGUCAUACCUAUGUCUUCUACCAAGACCAGGCUAAUUCAGAAAGGCUGACCAUAACCAGUUAAAACUAAAUUGAACUGGUUUUCCCACUGUUAGCUGGUCCUCUGUCAUCCUAAAGCUAGAUUUUGUGCCAUAGACAAAUUGUUCUAUUUUGCUGUUUUUAAAU